CAUUAACCUAAUGGUAUUUUUGCGAGUUACAAAAAUAACCGCCAUAAAAAAAUCUAGAAACUGGAAAAUCUCCCAUUUCUCGUCGUGUCGUCUGAUUUCAUUAUUAUCUGGCUGAGCAGAACAAUCAUCAGAAAUGGAAAUAAAUGAAGAAAACUUACUUACACUACGACAGUACUUACAACAAACUCUCAGCCCCGAUGUUAAUGUUAGAAGGCCCGCUGAGAAGUUUUUGGAAGGAGUAGAAAUAAAUCAAAACUAUGCAGUUCUCCUCCUGGAUCUUGUCCACAAAAAUGAAAUAGAAAUGACUAUUCGUAUUGCUGGUGCAAUAGCAUUCAAAAACUAUGUGAAACGGAAUUGGAAAUGUGAUGAGGAUCAACCAGAUCGAAUUCAUGAAAGCGAUCGAUUAGCUGUUAAAAACCUAGUUGUUGGACUUAUGUUGAACUCUCCUGAAGCAAUUCAAAAACAGUUGAGUGAAGCCAUAAGUGUUAUCGGAAGUACAGAUUUCCCACUCAAAUGGCCAGAGUUAAUAACCCAGAUGGUUGAAAACUUUGCAACAGGGGACUUCAACAUCAUCAAUGGUAUACUGAGAACUGCACAUUCAUUGUUUAAAAAAUAUAGAUAUGAAUUUGCUUCUAAUGAGCUAUGGACAGAAAUAAAAUAUGUUUUGGAGAAAAUAGCUCAACCUCUCACAAAUUUAUUGGUGGCUACCAUAAAAUUGGCAGAAACACAUGCAAAUGAUCUUAAUGCCCUCAGAAUAAUUUAUAGUUCCUUGGGUUUGAUCUGUAAAGUAUUCUUCUCGUUGAAUUAUCAAGAUCUUCCUGAAUUUUUCGAGGAUAGUAUGGAAACGUGGAUGACAAAUUUCCAUACAUUACUCACAACUAAUGUUCAAGGGUUAGAAAGUCAUAAUCCUGAAGAAGCUGGUGUGAUGGAGCAGCUGAAGUCCCAAGUCUGUGAUAAUAUUGCUUUGUAUGCUCAAAAGUAUGAUGAGGAAUUCAAACCUUAUUUACCGAUGUUUGUUACCGAUGUCUGGAAUUUGUUGAUAUCUACUGGUUUGGAGCCUAAGUACGAUUUGCUGGUGUCAAAUGCUCUCCAGUUCCUAUCGACAGUAGCCGAGAGACCCCAUUAUAAAAAUUUGUUCGAAGAUCAUAACGUUCUUAGCAGUAUUUGUGAGAAAGUCAUAAUCCCCAACAUUCAGUUUAGAGCAUCAGACGAGGAGCUCUUUGAAGACAACCCAGAAGAAUACAUAAGGAGAGAUAUCGAAGGGUCCGACAUUGACACCAGAAGAAGGGCCGCCUGCGAUUUGGUGAACACGUUGAGUCAAAAUUUCGAAAAGCAAAUCAUGGACAUUUUCGGGCAAUACUUGCAGGUUAUGAUAGGAAAGUAUAACGAGAACCGCAAGGAGAAUUGGAGGAGCAAGGAUGCUGCUCUUUAUUUGGUCACUUCGCUGGUCAGCAGGGGCGCCACACAAAAACAGGGAGUCACACAAACGAGUCAGCUGGUAUCGAUACCGCAAUUUUUCCAACAGCACAUUGUGCCGGAAUUACAACAACCAGAUGUGGACGAUUUACCGGUUAUACGAGCAGAUGCAAUAAAGUAUAUAAUGACCUUUAGAUCGAUUUUACCGAGUGAAAUGGUGGUUUCAACUCUGCCAAGUUUAAUCAAACAUAUGGUUAGUGAGAGUGCAGUGGUUCAUACGUAUGCCGCAUGUACAAUGGAGAAGAUUCUGGCUUUGAAGAAUUCAAAUACUAUAGUGGUUACAAGUGCUCAAUUAGAACCGCUUGCUGGAGAAUUAUUGACCAACUUAUUCGGUAUUUUAGAUAGACCCGUGUCUGAAGAAAAUGAAUAUGUGAUGAGAGCCAUUAUGAGAACUUUCUCCACCCUACAGGAUAAGGUGAUUCCUUUCCUGGCAGCAGCGCUGCCGAAAAUAACAGGAAAAGUUGAGCAAGUGGCGAAGAAUCCAUCCAGACCUCAUUUUAAUCAUUACCUGUUCGAGACUCUAUCUCUGUCAAUCAAAAUUGUAUGUAAAACAAACAACUCAGCAGUUCAGUCGUUUGAAGAUAUCCUCUUUCCAAUAUUUCAAGGGAUAUUUCAGCAAGAUAUACAAGAAUUUCUUCCGUAUGUCUUUCAAAUUCUUUCGCUGUUGAUGGAAUACUCGGCGCCGGGUAACGUUUCGGAAGCGUACAUGUCACUGCUUCCUUGUUUACUGGUACCGGUCUUGUGGGAGAGACCUGCGAACAUAAGUCCUUUAGUAAGGUUACUCAGUGCAUUUUCCAUAGUGUUGGCGCCGGCGGUUGUGGCACAGGACAAAUUGGCUGGAUUCUUGGGCGUGUUUCAAAAAUUGAUUGCAUCGAAAACGAACGACCACGAAGGCUUCCAUCUGCUUCAAAAUUUGAUUCUUCAUUUUCCAAUGGAGGCGCUUGCACCUUACCAGAAACAAAUCUUUUUCUUGCUGUUCCAAAGGCUGUCGAGCAGUAAAACUACCAAGUUCGUGAUAAACAUCAUCGUCUUUUUCUCUUUGUACGCUAUCCAGUACUCGCCAAAGCAGCUAAUAACGACCAUCGAUGAGAUACAGCGGCUGAUGUUCGGGAUGGUGCUGGAGAAGCUGUUCAUAACCGAAUUGCAGAAAGUGUCAGGUGCCACAGAAAGGAAAAUAGUCGCUUGUGGAGUUACUAAAUUGCUAUGUGAGAGUGAAGAUAUGCUGAAUGGCCAUUAUAAGAAAUAUUGGGCCCCUCUUUUACAGGCUCUGAUAUCAUUCUUCGAAAUGCCCACCGAUGAAAGUACCUUGCCCGAUGAUCAUUUUAUUGAAAUCGAAGAUACCCCUUCAUUCCAGACUACGAGUGCUAAAUUGAGUUUUGCAUCCAAUGCCAAAGCAGAUCCUCUCCAGGGUAUAAGCGAGCCUAGACAAUUUCUCGUUCAAAGUUUAGUGAAUUGCGGAAAUUCGCAACCUGGAUGCAUCCCAGAAAUGAUUGGAAAAAUAAACCAGCAAAGUCAAACCAUUUUACAAACUUAUUUAUCGAAGUUCAAUUUGCAGAUUGUAUAAUUUUCUCGAAUUGCUUAACAGUAUACCUAGAUUAAGUUUUAUAUUAAUGAUUAGAAUUAAUGAUACUGUUAACUGAAAUGGGUUUCACUUUAACAACCGUGAGAUUCGUAAAUUGUUCUCCAAUUUUUUUUCUUUGAAAUGGAUUCUCAUUUCCCAGUGAUAUAUUUUUAAUAAAAGUUGAGUCUUUA